AAAACAUGCUGUUUCGCUCUUUUAUCGCCACUGCGGCGGCCCUCCAGGGCGUCAUCGUCCUCGGCCAAGAGCUCAUGCGCUUCGGGUGCUCGCAGCUCGUCGUCGACCGUCUGGACCCUCUGGUCAACCCAGGCCAACGUCCCUCUCCGCACAUGCACCAGAUCGUAGGCGGCAACUCGUUCAACGCGUCCAUGCCGCCUGUCGACUACGACCCGGCCAAGCUGUCGACCUGUACGAGCUGCACCUACUCGGAGGACUUUUCCAACUAUUGGACAGCCAACGUCUACUUUCGCGCGAGGAAUGGGAGUUUCAAGAGGGUUCCUCAGGUUGGCAACCUUGGCCUCAACAUCAAGGGAGGAAUCACCGUUUACUACAUCCGGGGCUACCAGGCCUCCGCCAAGGUGACGGCCUUCAAGCCGGGCUUCCGCAUGCUCGUCGGCGACCCGCUCAACAAGAACGCCGCCACGCAGCAGCGCCAGCUGUGCUUCCGCUGCGAGGCCAACAUGCAACAGAAUCCCUUUGGAGGGGCGCCCUGCACAGGCUCAGACACCCAAGAGUUCCCAAAGCAGCCCUGCGGUGGCGGCUGGCGUGUCUCGCUGCAUUUCCCCAGCUGCUGGGACGGCAAGAAUGUUGAUAGUCCGGAUCACAAGAGUCAUGUUGCCUAUCCUCAACAAGGAACCUUUGAAAGCGGCGGCGCCUGCCCCUCGACCCAUCCGGUCAAGAUCCCGCAGCUCAUGUACGAGGUCAUGUUCGACACGCGCCAGUUCAACGACAAGUCGCUGUGGCCGACGGACGGCAGCCAACCCUUCUUCUGGAGCAACGGCGAGCACACGGGGCUCGGAAACCACGGCGACUACGUCUUUGGCUGGAAGGGCGACGCCCUGCAGCGGGCCAUGGACUCCAAGUGCGCCAACGACCGCUGCCCGGCCCUGCAGCGGCAGACGGAUCAGCAGGCUCAGGCCUGCACCAAGGAGAGGGUCGUCAAGGAGGAGGUGGGCGACGUGUGGCUCGACGAUAUUCCGGGUCAGACUGCUGCAAACUACUUGUGA